AUGCCUCAGAGGCACAACGUGCGAGAAUCUGGUCUCUCACUGGGGAAAACUGUUCUGGCUUUAACGCUACUUGGGCUUGUCGUUGUUUAUCAUGCCUCUCCGUCGUCUCCUUACAAGAUGAUUCCGACUCCAUCUACCCUGGUUCCCAUGCCAAGCUCAAUGACUGAUCGGCAGAGUAAUGGGGUAGUCCUGAAACAGGAACAUUCCUCGAGUGGUAUAGGAAGAUUAUUCGUUGAUCGUCUUCAUCGCCGCCAAUGGACCACAGUCAUCGAAGCUGAGGGUGUCAUUGGAGAAAGAGUCCACAAGACAUGUGCCACAUCGUCCUCGGACGACAAAAGCCAUACGAUUAGGUCCCAAAUUUGUGGCAAAGACCAGAUCCAUUAUGUUGGUGGGCGUGCUAAUACAAAAGACGGCUCAACGUGCGAAGGCAAGUAUGGCAAGCGAGAUCCUCUGAAGUGGGCUGGACACAGGGGACCCCCUAACAAGUACAACUCUUAUACUUCGAAGGAUAAAUCAGGUGGAUCACGUCAUUCCAAGCCUGUCCAACAGACUGCAGACAAAAGUCCACACACCAGCAUGAACUCUGGCAUAGAGAGACCGAAGCCUCCUGCAGAUACUCAAAGCUCAGGCAACAGAGCUGUUGAGUCACAUCAUGCUGGAAACACCCCAGGAAAACCCAGCCGGUGGCCCAAGUUGCCCAACAGAUCGAACCUGAACAGCCCAGUCGCGAGAACGCCUGGCACCAGAGAUAUUCGACAGCUCGGAGACAGGAAAGCGCUGCUGGACCACUCUGAAUUCACAUCCAACGAGAAGCUUCAAAGACGACGGUCAACAGUGUCGCUUUCUUCUAGUAGCAAGCAGAUGGAAGCACAUCGUGCCGAGCUUGUGCCCAGAAGAUUAAUAUGCAAUUGUGGAGUGUACAUCUGUACUAACUACCGAAGUAUUUGCAAGAAGUGGAAGAAGGUACCCGAAAAGCAGUCAUCUGUUGCGAGAGGUUCGGUUGGAACUAUCUCCCAGGUACAGGACAAGCACUAUAUCCCAGCGUAUUGGAGAAUCAAUGACAGCCCAGGCAAAACGACAACGUUGACACCAAUUCGUUCCGUUCCCUCCGAAAAAGACAUUCAGCAAGUCCAACCAGAUCUAAGGAAAAACGACAACACCUACAACAAACCCGCUCAUGCUCCUGGGGUAACAUUUGCCGAUGUUCUUAUCCCUAAAAAGUGCAACGCCACGACCGCGACAUCACAGCACCAAUGUGAAUCGACACACCAAGCGACGAUCAUUUUCUAUUCGCUCCUUGGAAUAUUCCUGACAUCCAUUCUACUGUUAGUGCUUCUCAAAUGCUAUAUGUGCUUCAGAAAAAGACGCAAUGUUGCACGAGCAAAGAACACGAAAGCUCGGUUCUACGAUAAAAGUGGUACUUCCACUCGUCCAAGCUUUGCCGGAGAUAGUUUGUCUUCGAAACAAGAGAAGACCAGAUCCAAUGGCGAUGAUAUAAAUGGAUCUCGUCGCUACAUAAACAUGGAUGGAGUUGACGAUGAUUGGCCCGAACUCGGGUACAACAAGUGGAACAUCUUUAGCCGCAAGCGGAGAUCCCCUAGCCGAUUUUCUCCGGUACCUCAGGCUCAAGCACCGCGGAUCCCUACUUUGAGGUUACCCAAACCAGUCUUUGCGACGGUUCGCAAAGUUAGCGGGCUGGGUUUGGAUGGAAUGCUGGCAUCCUACAAGAAGGGCUUGAAGGGGAAUACCACAGACAUAAGCAGGGUUAAGUGGACGUCUACUGUUUGA